UUGUGAUCAAGGUAGCAAAUUAAAUAAGGAAGAUCCAUCAAUGGCUUCCAAGCUUCAGGACCUCGCAGUGCUCCUUGCCAUCGCAACUGUCAUGGUGCCCGUCGCCAUGGCAGCAGACAUCGUGGUCGGCGAUGACAACGGUUGGAGGCAGGACUUCAACUACACCGAAUGGGCUGCGAACAAUAUGUUCAUGCUUGGGGACAAUCUAGUUUUUAAGUACGACAGAGCGAUUCACAGUGUGGUUGCGGUGGGAGGAGAUGACUUCAGGACGUGCAAUGUUUCGAACGGAGCGAUUAGGAGGUUCGACAGUGGCAACGACGUGAUACAGCUCAACACGACGGGGAAGAGAUGGUACGUGUGCGGAGUGGUAGAGCACUGCAUUAAUGGGCAGAAGCUUGCCAUCGAAGUUCUUCCGGCCAUGUCGCCGCCACCGAACUCGUCGACGUCGAAUCAAGUCAUGUCGCACGCGUACCAGACGCUGAUGGCGGUUUUGAUUGCGGCGAUGAUGAUAUGAUCAGUUGAUUAAUGAACGGCAAACAAUUCGCGAGUUUUAAUUCCUUUUUGUUUGAAUAUAAUAAAUUAUAUAUAUGCUAUUUUAGUAUGAAUAUCGAGUUUGUCUUUCAUUAUUGUAGCAAAACCGAAUUAAGGGGAAGUCUUAUCUAUCGAAUC